AUGCCCAAGAAGAGGAGGAACAACGGGCACGCCCAGGAGGGCCGAGGCCACGUGCUGCCCCUCCGCUGCACCCGCUGCGCCCGCUGCGAGCCCAAGGACGAGGCCAUCAAGAAGCUUUACACCCGCAGCAUCGUGGAAGCCGCGGCCGUCGGGCACAUCUCCGAGGCCAGCGUCCUGGACUCCUACGUGCUGCCCAAACUGUAUGGGAAACUGCAUGACUGUGUGAGCUGGGCGAUCCACAGCAAGGUAGUGAGGAAUCGGUCCCGGGAGGCAGGAAAGCGUCGAACGCCGCCACUCCGCCUCAGACCUGCAGGUGCUGCCCCCAGACCCCCUCCAAAGCCUAUGUAAAGAGCUAUC